AUAUUUCUACUUUCACCUUUUAGUUAAUUUAACCUUACUUAAAAAGAUCAUGGGCCAAACACUUUCAGAACCUGUCGUUACCAAGACCACCCACAAGGAAUCCAGCAAGGAUCUCUUCUACGGUGUCUCAUCUAUGCAAGGAUGGAGACUGACUAUGGAAGAUGCACACGCCACUCUCCUGAAACUCGAGGAUUCGGACGCAAGUUUCUUUGGUGUAUAUGAUGGUCAUGGUGGUUCCACCGUGGCUCAGUACACAGGAAAGAGACUUCAUCGCAAGGUGUAUGAAAGCGAAUUUUUUGCCAAGAAGCAGUAUUCUGAAGCUAUGCGUGAUGCAUUCCUGGGCAUCGACAGGGAAUUGAGCGAAGACAGCAACUAUGCAUUCGAUCCUUCCGGCUGUACCGCUGUAACAGCUCUAGUUACCCCCGAAAAAAAAAUUAUUGUGGCAAAUGCUGGUGAUUCAAGAGCUAUUAUCAGUGUCAACGGCAAGAGCAAGGCUCUUUCGUAUGAUCAUAAACCAGUCGAUAGAUUGGAGUCACAGCGUAUUAUUGCUGCUGGUGGCUUUGUUGAAUUUGGCCGUGUGAAUGGUAACCUUGCUCUUUCGCGCGCUAUCGGUGAUUUCGAAUUUAAGCGAAAUGACCAUCUCCCUGCAGAAAACCAAAUCGUGACAUGUAACCCUGAUAUUAUCGAGCACACUAUUACGGAUCAGGACGAAUUUUUUGUACUAGCAUGCGAUGGUAUCUGGGAUUGCAUGACAAACCAAGAGGUUGUUGAUUUCGUUCGUACUGAGCUCGGUAACAAGGUGCCUCUGGAUGAAAUUUGUGAGUUAAUGAUGGAUCACUGUCUGGCACCUGAUUGUGAGGGUGGAGGAGUUGGAUGCGACAAUAUGUCUGUUAUGAUUAUUGGCAUUUUGAAUGGUAAAACAGUCGAGGAAUGGUAUAACUGGAUGGAAAAGCGUGUCUCUAGUUCAAACAAGACAGAUAGCCUUGGUAAUGCUGUUGAACAGCCAAAGGAAACACCUAAAGAAGGAGGCAAUACAACUGCUGCAUCUACUCCAGAUGUUUAUUCCAUUAGUAGCAAAAUGGGUUAAAGCGCAUGUUUGUGUGUAUGUACAGGAUUAGAUAUUGAUAAAAGAAUGAGCUCAUUUGCUUUUAUUUUGUUGUAAAUCAAUUUACCACGUUCCCCCUUCAUAUUACUGUAUUUUCAUAUAAAAAUAUAUUGGUGAUAACAACAUUUCAUUAGCUCUCUAGUGGUUAUUGAGAGCUGCUUGGAAAUUCUGUCUUAAGAACCCGAUUAGCUUUCUUCUUAGGCACAGGAGCAUGGUUAUUCUCACGAACAUAGAAUUUACGGAGUAAUAAUACAGCUUCCUCUGCAUGUUUAUUUCCCUCUGAGGCGUAAUGUUUUGACACGGGAGUUUUCAGACGCGGGUCGGUAUGAAUGUCAAACACUGAUCCAUUUCCGCCAAAUUUAUCAUUUCCACAACCAAAGUAAACAUGCCUUAUACCUACUUGGCGUAAAGCAGAGGCACACAUAACACAAGGCUCCACUGUGACGUACAGGUCAGUGUCAGAGAAUACAUCGGCAGUGUGCUCCUUUAAAAUGUCAUCAAUUGCCUCAAUCUCUGCAUGACGGGUUGCAUUGAAUGUCUCAUUUGGUUUAUUGCGCCCAUGGGCAAUAAUUUUACCAUUCUUUACAAAUACACAUCCUACUGGUACUUCGAGAUUAUCAUAGGCUUCUUGGGCUACUUUAAGCGCUUCCAGCAUAAAUUGAUCAUUGUAUACAGAUGUUGUCAUGGGG